AUGGGAAGGCCCGCCGUUUCCUUCCUUUCUGGCCCGUUGGCCGGUCGAACAAUCCGAGUGCAACUUGACGAACUACAGAAGGCUGACCUGGGGCGCAAAUGCGCCGUCAAGGAUAGACGACCGCUCGACCCUCCGCCUGUCGUUCGGUUGAGGCUUUUCGAACUGGACAAUGUGGGCACAAUGCAGGAGACGGAGCAUGAGCUUACGAAUCUCAGUGAACCCAUGGCGCUUGGAUUUGUUUGUUUCGUUGAUUUAUUCCCAUUCCCAGGCGGUAACGACGCAGAGCCUAGUUCAGAUCAAAUCGUGGCUUACAUCGAAGGAGCUCCCAUCACACACGGUACGUGUUGUACGACGGCGUUCGUGGGUACAACUUUCGUUUCCGUGUCGUCCUUUAACAUUCGCGGAGAGUCCAUUCUUCUGGGUGUCUUCCCGGAUCUAGCGGUGAACGUCACGGGCAAGUUCUUGACCCGAUACCGCGUGGUCAGCACACUCCACGCCACUUUCGAGCACAGCCGGCGCGCCGUCCUCGCGGAAUGUUGGGGAGGACCCGUCGUCAUCUAUCCCGCCAAUAUGUUUCCUGGUUUGCAGGAAUCAACGGAUCUGACGAAGGUAUUAGAAACGGUGUCUGUGUGUCUAGAACCUCUGAUAGACUUGCCAUGA